CUCUGAAAGGGUAUUAAAAAUUAUCUCAGUAAACUAAGCUCGUCAUAUCGAAUCGAAGCAAAACCACAGAGAAUUUCCACAGUCUAGAUCGAUAGCUCUCCAAAAUUUAUUGUACAUUCCCAUAGAAGUCAUACAAUAUAUGCAAGAGGCAAACCACAGCAGCAGCAGCGGUAAUAAAAACCGAUUCCCAAAGUCUUCCAUAAAGAACGCCAGAGGCCCCAAGAGUGAGACGGUUGGUGGGGUCUGUUUGCUCUGCUUAUCGCAAUUGACGGGGGUUUCUCUCCCCCCUGCACAGACCAGUAUCGUACGCUCUGCUCUCACUAUCUCUCUUUCGCUGCGGGCUGUGUGCUGUAUUUUAUAUUGAUUAAAGAACAGGCCCGCGCCUGCUCGCUGCCCUCCCCACCCGCAUUGAGUCAUUUACAUGAUCACUUCGGAACAAGCGGACCAGAGUGCACAGUUGUGAGCGCUUUGUGGCUGUCAGUCGCUGAUUAGCCCGCACACUGGAAAGAUCACAGUACUACGAAUCCGAAAAGUCCAAGUCCAAGUUCUAGCACUAGCGGAUGCGAUAAGAAAGCAAAUCAGUUGGCAAAAACUAUCCGGUAUAAAUCGAAGGAGCGGUUUCGGCGAUCAUUCAUUAAGCUGGUAGAAACCACACAAGAAGCACAAUGCCCCGAGGAGUACUGCCAACAGCCGAACAGAUUAACGAGGUUAAGACACGGUUUCUACAGAAACUGGAGUCGGAGCCGCCAGCAGAUGCCUUUCUUCCUGAGGACCUGAAGCGCAUCACCGACAACGAUUUAUGGAUCACGAAACUGCUGGAGGCCUUUGACCUCGAUGUGGAGAAGACCCUUACACGACUUUGGGAAAACUUGGCUUGGCGCCAGAGCUACGGCGUGUAUAACAUCACCGAGAGCAAUGUGAACCAGGAAUAUCUGCACGAAGGCUCGAUCUAUGCACACAACAAGGACAGGGAUGGCAAGCCACUGCUCAUUCUCAGCCUGAAGCAGCACUCGAAGAGCAAGAACCACGACGAUCUCAUGCGCCUUGUCGUGUACUGGAUCGAGCGCAUUCACCGCGAGAACAACCUCGAAAAGAUCACCAUUUUCAUGGACAUGACUGGCUCCGGGCUGGGCAACAUGGACUUGGACUUUAUCAAGAACAUCAUUAAUCUUUUUGAGACAAAAUAUCCGUACGUGCCCAACUAUAUACUCGUGCACGAACUGCCCUUCCUGCUAAAUGCUGUGUUCAAACUAGUCAAGACCUUCCUGCCCGCCAAAGCCCUGGAGAUCCUGCGCGUGACCACCAAGAAGGAUAUCACCGAGUACGUGGACAAGGACAACUGCCUCAAGCUGUGGGGCGGCAAUGACGAGUACCAGUACAAAUUUGUCUAGAAUUAAACCAUAAACUGUAUAAGAGUGUGUAAAUAAUACGAUAUUUAUUGCCUGAGA